AAGGCUAUGUGGGCGUAUAUUGGAGAGGAGGUGCUCUUGUGAAAACAAUUACAGAACCAGGUUUUCACUUAAAGAUGCCUUUCAUAACACAAUAUGAGCCUGUUCAAGUGACACUUAAGACAAAUACGGUGACAGGUAUACAGUGUGGUACUAAAGCAGGUGUCAUGAUUAAUUUUGACAAGAUAGAAGUUGUAAACCGACUUCAUAAGGAAUAUGUCCAUGAGACAUUGCUCAAUUAUGAGAUGCAUUAUGACAAGACAUGGAUAUAUGACAAGAUUCAUGAUGAGAUUAAUCAGUUCUGCAGUUCUCAUAGUUUUCAACAGGUCUAUAUUGAUGAUUUUGCUCAGGGAUUGAGUUCUAGAUUCAUUGGCCGUCUUCCUCAGCACACUUACCUUGACUACACAAUCACCAAUCUAUUGGCCGCUGUACUCAUUGCUCUCACUUUUGGUGAGAUUGGCAAGAGCACCCCUGAUAAACCAAAUUUCAUUGAUCAGCUUUAUCAGGAUAACUGGCCCUCUGUUCUGUUUGCAAUGGGGAGUGGUGUUGUACUUACCAUUGGGAAUUUGUCCACGCAAUAUGCUUUGGCUUUGGUUGGUUUAUCAGUUGCGGAAGUGGUAUCAGCAAGCAUAACUGUUGUCAUAGGCACAACUGUGAAUUUCUUCUUGGAUGAUGGGAUCAAUAGAGCUCAGAUUCUUUUCCCAGGAGUUGGUUGCUUUUUUAUUGCAGUUUGUCUUGGUUCAGCUGUGCAUUCAUCUAACAUUUCGGAUGAUGAAGCCAAGCUCAACAAUUUGGCAGAUGAAUGCAAAGAUGGAGCCAUAUUAAUUAACAUUUCUUCCAAAAAAGAAAUAAGUGGAGUUAAAUCAAAGGAUGUAGACAGUGGAGGGGCUGGUUCAGGAGACACAGCAAAAGCAGGAACGGCAGCUUUUCUUGUAGAGCUUGAGAAGCAAAGAGCUAUCAAGGUUUUUGGGAAGAGUACUUUCGUCGGAUUGGCCAUAACGUUCUUUGCUGGCCUUUGCUUCUCUUUAUUCUCACCGUUAUUUAACUUGGCAACGAACGACCAGUGGCAUGCUUUAAAGGAAGGGGUUCCUCAUUUGACUGUUUAUACUUCCUUCUUCUACUUCUCUGUCUCCAGUUUUGUUAUUGCCGUUGUUCUAAACAUCACCUUCCUUUACCAAACCAUCUUAAAUUUACCCAAGUCAUCUUUCAAGGCUUAUUUGGCAGACUGGCACGGCAGAGGCUGGGCCUUGUUGGCUGGUCUCCUUUGUGGACUUGGCAAUGGUCUCCAAUUCAUGGGUGGGCAAGCUGCAGGAUAUGCAGCAGCAGAUGCUGUUCAGGCACUUCCACUAGUGAGCACCUUUUGGGGCAUUGUUUUGUUUGGGGAGUUUCGGAACUCAUCAGGAAGAACAUAUAUACUGCUUGGGAGCAUGUUGUCUAUGUUUGUAGUAGCUGUUGCUGUACUCAUGGCAUCAUCGGGUCAAAGGAUUAAUGAUCCAUUAGCAGCACACAAAUUGGUUGUAAAUAAUUGAUGGCUGCAUAAAUGAUGGAUUCAGCACACAGCAAUAGUCAAAGGAUAAGCAUGCAUGUGCCUUGCCUACAGUUUGCUUCGAAGAUGCAAAAUGUGCACGAGCACCAUAGUUUUAGACUACAAUAGCUGUUCUUGUCCCAAAAAAGAAAUACAAAAGAAAAAAAAAGAAGCAAAAAAACAAGGUGGAAGAAAGAUAAUACCGUACUAUAAUAGAUGUCAUGUGCCUAGAGUGAAUUACUCAGUGUUCAUUGUCCUUAUUGAGUCAACGAAAAGUGUACAUAAGCAGAAAUCAUGAAGUGAACGGGUUUGAAAUCCUUUGAUUGAGCCUUAUAUGUUGUUCUACUUCUAGGGUUCGGGUUUGCAACCCUGUGCAAAAUGAUGUACUUUUAAUUUGUAUCUUAUUUCUUCAAUUUCUCUUUGAAUAACAAGGUGAUGAUACAAUAACCUAAUUAAUCAACGUAUUCA